CCGGCGACCACCUCCAACAAACUCCAACAUCACCCAGCUGCCUUGUGAAUAUCACUGGAUAAACAGCUGCUGAUACUGUCAGCGACCCUGUAUUUGAUCUUUUAUUCCGUUGUACCUUCAAUUGUGCUAUUUAUAUUUCCCUUCGCCCCUCGCCCUCCCGUCAUCAGCGUUACAUCGCUGGCCAGUUCCCUCUUUGCCCCCUCGGCCAACAUAUCACCUACUAUCGCCCAGAACCCAUUUUCCCUAGCUACCAGCACGUUUACUGUUGGGAUUUUUGGUAUUCGUUGCUGAGAAGGACGGAGAAAAAGGAUUAGCGGCGUUGUACGGUGGUCUUUAUGGGUGGUGGAUGAUAUAAUAAGGAUCAUACAUAUAUUUGCAGUUGGGGGGUUCACAUCGGCCUGUUCUGUUCAGUUUUUGCAGAGAAUAACUUAGCAACCAUUCUACAAAUUCUGUCCUGACUUUUCCUGUCAAUCUAUUCGCACUCUGAAAUUAGCAGAAGAUUGCUUCUUCGCAGGGAAGAAAAAGAGAGGGGAAGGGGAAAAUCAACUGAAGACAAAUAACCAAAAAAGAAAAAGAAAGAAAAAGGAAAGAAAAGAAGAAGAAAAAAUAUUCCAUUCACAGUUCCUCCUGGCUAAAACCAGUCAGUAUCGCAAACUUCCAAGGAAAAUCUCUUUUACCUUUGUGCCUUGGUUACUUUUCCCUGUUCUAUAUCUUUUUUCAUUGCUUUUCUUUUUCCUUUUACGAUACCCGUCAUUAUCUGUUCAUAAUCUUCGCCCGAUUACAUCUAUAUACCAAGUGCCCAGCAUGUCUACAGGACUUGCGUCUGAUGAAGUUGCGGAAGAUUACAAGAACUCGCUCGAGGACCUGACAGGAAACGAUAAGUUCCAAAUUAGCAAUCUCACAGUGAUUGCAAAGGAAAAUACUGAACAUGCGAUGGCCAUCUCCCGAGUACUGGAGAAUCAUAUUCGGACAACUCCGCCAGCUCAGAAACUUCCAGCUCUUUAUGUAGUUGAUUCUGUUGUCAAAAAUGUAGGAACGCCCUACACUCUAUUUUUGGGGCGCAACCUCUAUCAGACCUUCAUGAACGCAUAUACGCUCGUCGAUUCUCAAACCCGCAAGAAACUGGAUGAGAUGUUGAAAACUUGGAAAGAGCCUGUUCCUGGUUCCCUGGAUACUAGACCUGUUUUCCCCGUUGAAAUAACCCGCAGUAUUGAGAAUGCUCUUAUCAAAGCCAGAACAGCCGCGCUUCAGAAUCAGCAGGCAAGAAGCCAGCACGAUAUCCUUGGGCGGAAUCGCGGAGUUACUACUCCUCCAACUUCUACUACCUGGCGGAACACUCCAACCCCGCCGCAAAUUCCCCCACGACUUACCCAAUCCGCCAACCAAAAUAUCCCCCAACAGUACCCGAGUAAUGGGCACCAGCACUACCCGUCGGCUCAACCGGUUCAGCCAUACGGGCAACCAUUUCAAGAGUCAAUUGACCUUAGCGCAUUACACCGUGAUAUAGAGAGUUUGAUCGCGACCGCUCGAGCUGACUUUGCAAUUAAUCCACUUGACCCUUCAAUUCAGCAACGGCUAAAAGCUCUUUUAGACCUCCAGAACAUCCUGCAGCAGCAAAAGCUACCGCAAGACCAGCUAAAGCUUAUUCGAGAUCAGGUAUCUCAGCUUUCCCCGCAGUCACCCCAAGCUCAGCCUCCCCCUCGGGUUGUUCCAACUCCACCUAUACCCCAGGCAGCUCAAUCAAUACAAAACCACACCCCGCAGCCGAAUCUUCAAGCCCUUCUAAACCCUGCCACGAUUGCGGAGCUUAUAAAAGCGACAACAAACCAGCAAAGCCGAACACCACCACCACCGCCGGUGGUGCCUCAUAUUCCACCAUUCCUACAGCCUCAAGCCACCAGCACUCCGCCCCCCCCCGCACCGUCUACAGCACCUACCCUUACAGAGAAUCCCUUGAUUGCCUCCCUUAGAGCUCGAGGCCUACUCCCGCCCCCAACUUCAUCUGCUCCGCCAACACCCCCUAAUCUACCUUUCAUUCUCCCUGGGCAAGCGGGAUAUACACCACCCGCUGUUAUUUCACAAUUAUCUAACCCAUCUGAAGUCAAAAUUAACAUACAAAUGACCUCAGCGUCCAUCAGGAUCCCGAGGCCGAACCUAAUUUCUACGCUGUACGAAGAAAAGCCGAAUCGAUGCGGAACAUGUGGCCGCCGCUUUCAUUCAGAUGAUCAAGGAAAAGAGAAAAAGGCACGACACUUGGAUUGGCAUUUCAAAACUAAUCAGCGCAUGACUGAGGCAUCCAAGCGAGGACAGAGUCGUAGCUGGUAUCUGGGUGAGCGGGAAUGGAUAAAAUCCCGAGAGUACGACGACGAUACCGGUGGCCAAACAGGUGAAGGUGCAACUUCCACCAACGGAUCAGCGACAGAUGCUGCUGCGGCUGGAGCAAAGAAAUCAUCGCAGAAGCCAUGGAUCCACGCACCCAACGACGCGGCGCUACGCAAUGCACCAUGCCCAAUCUGCCAGGAGAAGUUCGAAUCGACGUGGUCUGAAGAAGCGCAAGACUGGAUCUGGCAUGAUGCCAGUAAGGUGGGGAGUCGUGUAUAUCAUGCAAGCUGUUACUCGGAAGUUACGAGGGAUGGCACGGCGACGGGACAGGGGACGCCGGUUGGUAGAACCGGGACUCCAGACUCUGUCUUGGGGAAGAGGAAAGCUGAGGAACCAGAAAGUGUCACAACUAGCGUUAGAAUAAAAACUGAGCCUGCAUCAUGACAUUUUGAAAUCUUCAAAAAUUUUCCUUCUCUUCUCAACCUUCCCCUGGGGCCCAACUUCCCUUCAUUUUAGACAACUCCUGUAUACCCUCCCCAAGCUCCCUCCCUCCCUGUCAACACUUGUCUUGAUAACUCCUCACGCCGUGCUCACGCCGGCCUUAUAUACCCAAUCUCCCCAUCCCUCCAUUUUUCUACUUCAGCGUAAUGUAGUAGCUACUGGUCGCAUAUAAAAUCUGUCCGAUACUUUCGUUUAGACCGUGUUUUUUAUCUGUUAUUAACUUUUUUUCGUUCACUUGUUACCAUAGGAUGGCAUGGCAUGGUAUGUCUCAUUCGAGGUCAUGCCCUGAUCUGUUUUAUAGACUCAAUCUUCGCAAGUCAAAAAGAAAAUUAGUUUUUAGCCUUCAUUAUUUUGUGCUAGCUGCGUAAAUUGUUUAGUGCUUCUUCCAUCUAUUUAAUGGAAAUAUGGCCAGUUAGUUUUGCCACUAAAUUCCAAUUUAAAAAAAUAUACUCCGUUCUUAAAGAGAAGAACCUCCAC